AUGAUGGAUUUGGAGUAUCCUAAGAUGUCAGGACUCGCAGGUCUGGGCUCUGGCUUAAGAUCACGGGAACGAUCAAAACCUGAUCUAUCGAUAUUAACUGAUCCUACACUGGUUGAGGAUUUCGAUGAAAUCAUGAAACAGAUGCGAAGCCUCAAGAAGGACGAGGAAUCCCUGAGUGUCAAUGCUAGUGUUGUGAUAACGCCGACUGAAGCACAUGCUAAUGACGUAAAUCGUCAAAAAGUUGACUAUGAAGGUGUCCCGGAUCUCGGUGAUUUACAGUUGGAAGAUGAGGAGGAAGAAGAAGAAGGAGAAGAAGAGUUAGCACAGGAUAUCGAUAAUGAGCAUGAUACCAGUUUCAGUUCGCGACAUGGGAACGAGCUGCAGGAUUCAGAUUAUGCAUAUUCAGAUUCGGAUUUUGAAGAUAAUUUGGAGGAGCGGUUAAGAAGUUUAGAGACUUCUUCUCAAAGAAACAGCGGAGAACAUGUUUCUUCUGUGAAAGGGAUAGUUGCAAACGAUACAUCGAGUGCUAUUGAUAAUAACAUGGUGGCAGAUCGUGCGAAAGAAGCAAGAAACGGAUUGGAGCAGAGAUCAUAUGACGAUAUUGAUGAUGACGAUGAUGAGGCAGAAGAACAAGAUGACAACGACGAAGAGGACUUGAAUAUAGGUUGGAACACUAAUGAAUCUGAUGAUUCUGAUGAGCUGCAGCCGUUAAAUCCGCCGCAAGAAUUAGACCCCAGCAAAUUAUAUGCAUUAUACCCGUUCCAGGGACCUGAUCCAUCACAUUGCCAGUUGGAACAGGACGAAGGUUGUACUCUUUUGAAUGACCAGGACUCUUAUUGGUGGUUAGUUAAACGUUGCAGUGAUGGGAAAAUAGGAUUCGCGCCUGCAGAACUUCUUGAAACGUUUCCUGAAAGGUUAGCUAGACUGAACUGUUGGAAAAACGAAAAUAUAUCAUCACAUUCAAUUUCUCAUAAAGAGGAUUCAAAUUCAAGCAAAGAAUCGAAUAUUUUGAACAAAGAAGAUAGUAUUGAGGCAGUUGAGUCCCCGUUGAACGCAUACUCAAAAACUAAUAAAUCGGUUAGCUUCAAUAAUGUUGUCAGUUAUGCUGAAAGAUAUAUUGAUGAAAUAGAGCAAGAACCAUUGGAGGACGACAGCGGAGAACUGAAUGGUGCAGGAGAAUACGUUCAUGAUGUGGAAUCAAGAGACGGGCAAGACGGGCAUCUACACCUGGGAACAGAUCUUGGAACUCACUUAACACAUGUCGAUGAAAUACAUGAAACCCUUCUGAAUGAUCAUUUGUCAGAUGAUGUAAGCGAAGUUGUAAGUGAUGCUGCCUUCAAUGUCCAUGAAAUGGCACCAUUAAUGGUGCAAAAAAAUAGACCUUCAAAACCUGCCUUGACGGAUCUGUUGUCAGAGAAACAAAAUGAUCUAAAACAAGUCUUUCAAGCUCCCACUAUGCCAGUAGCAGCACCAAGAGGUACUUCCCAAAUGACAAAUUCAAAUUCAAAUUGUUCCAUAUCUACAAUCGGAGAAUACUCGCCUUCCUCUUCAGACUGGACAAAUGAUUCACCUCAGUUGCUAAGUGAAAAGGAAUUCGAGAAGUCUAAUUUGAAUGAUCAAAUCCCAUCUUCCAGAGCUAUUCAAGAUAUAUCGAAAAUUGUAAGCUCGCAAGAUGCGCCUGAUUUGAACUCUCUUCAUGAUGAAGAUUCUCUGCAACAUAGUGAAUCAUUGCCAAAAGUAACUCAUAAUCACCAGCAUUCGAUAUCUACACUGAAUGCUGUAGAUAUCAACAGUUCUGUCGGGACAGAAAAAACUAUUGAUAUUGAUGAAGAAAAUAGUAUCUUACCAGAUGAAAAUACAAACGCUUACAGCACCGUUCCAUCCUCUAUAGCCUCAAGUUGCAUGGACCAUGAACACAACUCUCCAUUAAUUUCUGAAGUAGCAUUGCAUACAAGCACUGGUGUAGUAGGGGAUUAUCAUCCAGUGAUUAACUCCUUGUACAACCCUAUUUUCAGCAAAAUAGAUGUUAUGAUGGACAAGAUAGAAAACGCCAUCUCAAACUGA